GAAACAUGUAUAUGUCAAAUUGUAUGUCUUUUUCUUUCUUUCCCUUUCUGUGUAUUGCACGCGUACUUUUCACAUUCGAAUAAACAUUUCGUUCAAAUCAAGAAAAUGACCAGCGCAAUUAAAGCCGAAGAAUAUUUUGUUGCCAUCACGCUCGAUAAGGCCGAAGCUGAGUACAUUUGGCAACCAUUAGAACCAGCUCAACGUUUGGCGAUAAGACAAGUUAUGCUUGGUCACACUGCCAAAAAAGAUGAAUACAAUGUAGUAGAAGUUAACGCUCCAACAUCUAAUGGUUCCGUCAAAAUCCCAAUUGCCGUACUGAAAAUCGGUGAACAACGUGUUGUACAAUCAAAUUUGGAGUUUCCCGAAGGUCCCAUCACAUUCAAAUUGAUCAAUGGAAACGGACCUAUUAUCAUUCACGGAAUGCAAGCACCGCCAGACACAAGCUGUGCUGAAGAUGCUUUAGCCAUGACCGGGGAAGAUGAGUUGGGUGAUGAAGAAGAGUUGCUCGAGGAGGAGGAUUAUGUUGAAGAAAACCCACCAAAGAGACAAAAAAUAAGCCACAAAUGAAACUAUGAAUGUUUUUUUUUAAAUAGCUUUGAAUAAAAGACCUCAAUAAAAAAAUGAUUUUUUUA